CAUUUCUCCUCUUACGUGCGAGAAAGAAAAAAUCUCCUCGGAAUAUUUUUUUAAACAAAAAACCAAUCAAAAUCAACCGCCAAUAAUCGUAAUCCCACCGCAACAACCAGCACCACUAAGCAAAAACUAUCAACCAUUACCACCGCAAUCCCCGCAAGCCUUCCCUAUUGUGGAAUUACCAACUAGCGAAAAACAAGAGCCACCCCGAUUGUCCGACCUAAAAACUAGCAAAGCGGAACUACUUCCACCAAUAGGCGAAAACAUGAGAACUACCUCAUGCGAAAAGUCCAAAAGGCGAACCUCAAACAAAGGCGAAAAA